AUGAUGAGAAAAGAACCGGACGCCGAACCCACCAAACCGUCUGACUCAACAGGAGAAGCAUUGGAAGUUUCCCAAGUGGUAUUGGAUGACAAAGGUGCUGUUCUCGGCAUUGAUGCUACUUCCGGACCGGAGGAAAAGCAGAAAAAGCCAGAGGCAAGAAGAGUUAGAAAGAAGCCUCAGCCAGCAGUUGCUCCAGUGGUGAUGAAAGGUGAAGAGAAUUUUCAAUGGGUUGAUAUAGCUCCUAAGCUAGAAAAUCAGCAAAGAAUGCCGCCUGCAAAAAAGAGUAAGAAGAUCGCCCAGCCAGCGGGGGCUCCAGCAGUAUCGGUCAAUGAAGGAGUUAUACCGGGGGAUCAAUGUAGCCCCUAA